UUGCCGGAGCGGUCGCACACAGAACGGUAGUCGGACGGUUUGCCAGUUUUUCGCUCGCUCUCUCUCGUCCGCUCUUGCUCUCUUACUCUCUCCGUGUACUGUUAGCAAAAGGCUCCCGAAAAAUAAGGAACCGUUAGUAAAAGCCCCGUUAGCAUGAAGGAUGUGAAAGUGGCGCGCGCAAUCAGCGAGUCCUCGACUACAUCAGAUAACACCUCCGAUUUCAUCGAGAUCGUCAAGAAGUACGAUGUGGUUUAUAACAACCACAAUCCGGAUUACAAGAACGUCGAAGUCAAGCUGAAGGUGUGGACGCAAAUCGCGGAUGAGAUAGGUCUUUCAGUUGAGGCUUCCAAGCGGAAAUGGAAAAAUUUAAGGGACAGCUAUACAAAGUAUCUGCGCUCGUUUCGCGUGGGCACCAAGACGUCCAAGAAGUACCAGUACUGGGCCCAUGCCGAUCACAUGGAUUUCCUUAAGCCCUUCCAGGGACCGGGCAGAAACUCCGCCAAUGGUAAUGGCAAAUCCAACGACGAGGACGAUACUGAGUGUGAUUUUGGCUAUCAAGUUUUGGCCAAGGCAGCCAGCAAUGGAGGCGAGGAUGAACUGAAGAUCACCAUUGCCACGGCCUCUGCUGGUUGCUCUUCUAUAGGAACGCACACGGUGAAUACUUACACGACCGCUCUGAGCAGUACUUCGGCGCCCGCACUGACCUCUAGCUUGGGCGUGGCCACGCCCCCGAAUAUGAUCUCCCCGGGUAGCAAUUUGGGCGGCGCAGGAGGAACUUCCGGUUCCGUAGGACCGCAAAUCCACAAUAGCAAUAGCAAUGGCAGUGCCACCGGAAGUCUCAACUGUGCCGCGGUGGCUCCACUUAGUUCAAUGACUCCGCCAGCCACUAGUGGCUGCAAUUCCGCCGUGGUCCUGCCCCUGCCCAUCUCUCCCGCAUCCUCAGCCGCUGCUGUCAGCAAGGCCAAUGCAAAUGCCCUGGCCUCGCUGGCCAAUCAUCUGCCAAUGGGCUUGGGAGUGGGCGGAUUGGCCCAGCAGAUGUUUCCACUGGCCACGCUUAAGGCGGCGGCAGUGGCCGCAGGACUGCCACUGCCACCCACGAUCACUCCGCCAGGAUGCAGCUCCGGAAGUGGGCCGAACAGCAAUGUGGGCUGCCUGAUCAUCGAACCACAUCUCUUUGCGGCGGCGGAUAACUUCAAGAAGGAACUGACAGCCGCUGCGGCAGCAGGAGCACCACUCGGGUUGUUCCAGAACCUGGCCAACCAAGUGCAGAAUGCCAAUCGUUUAAAUGGUAGCUGUCCAGGAGUCAAUCUCCCCCUGGGCAAUCCCACGCCGCCACCUCCACCGCCAGCGCCACCAGCCUCCAAGGUGAGAAGGGUGCAACCUUCGCCGCAAACUACGGCCAUCAAUCUCAGCUGCUCCGGCGGAAACUCGGGACAAAUGCAGCCCCAGCAAACGAUACAAAUGCCACAAAUCCAACAGCAACAGCAGCCGUCGCCCGCCAAAACGCGUAAGAUCUGUGAUCCGCGUUUCCCCAGCGAUUGGGACGUGUCCGCCGUGCUGCAGGCCAACAGGGAACUGGACGCCAAUACGCUGUUCUUCCUGAGUCUCGCCCGACAGGUGCGUGCCAUGCCGAUGAAAUUCCAGUCGCUGGCCAAGAUGCGUUGCAUGAGGAUCGUCAGUGACUUGGAGCUGGAGCUGGAGAAUUUUGACUGUAAUGGGGGAGCGCCGCCGCCUGAUGAUUCGGGCGGAGGAGGAGCCGGGAAUCUGAAGUACUGCAGUAUAGAUACUCCGCCACCGCCGCCGCAGGAUGGCUCCGUGGUUAUACUCCCGCCUCCAGUCGGACCCGAGGGCUCCACGGAGCACUUUGUGUAUGUGAUGUCGCCGUCGCGCGUGGAGAGCAUGAUCGACAUCUCCUCCGACGAGGAGGGGACCAUGAACGGGGUGCCCUCCUCAGUCGGACAGGCUUAAGCGUGUAAUCGUACAAGUUAUCU